AUGUGCCAAAAGGAUAUCACAAUGCUCUUAUCUGAGUACGCAUCCACAGACCUGACAAAGGCUCUCCUAGACGACCGGUCUCCUUGCUUUCCCGCUGAAAUCUGGACACAGAUAGAGCAUGGAACGGUCUGGUGGGACCAAGAAACAUACGACGGCACAACACUAGCAUCCGUCUUCAGAAUAAUGGCAGAGAUGUCUUUAUAUCGCCAGAAAACCAAUGGAGACCCGGAGACACUUUUAAUGGAAGUCGUGCAAGAUUUUGAGCGGUGUCUACAGCCGUCAUUCCAGAUUCUCAAUUUCGACCAUAUCAAAAAUCCCAAUACCUACACCGUGUAUGAAUCAACGCUUGAGCCAAGGAUGCAAGCUGAUCCGUUCACGCGUACCUUUCAACAUAGUGCUCUCGUCUACCUCUACCGAGCAAUCUGGGGCCUUCCGCCGAUCAUUGGUACAGCAGCAUGUCUAGUUAUGUGUGGGGUGCAUCGGAAAUAUCUCGCCUCUUUCUAA